UGUAGGGCGGGGCCUGAGGUUCCCUGCGCCGGAGCUUGUGGCGUCAAUGCGCUGCUGUGUCCAUGGAGAGAAGCUGAGGCUUUAGAGCUCCGGCCCACGGCACCAGGGCGCCGGACGGCGAAGAUGUCGGCUUCGUUAGUCCGGGCCACCGUCCGGGCUGUAAGCAAGAGGAAGCUGCAACCAACUCGGGCCGCCCUCACUCUGACACCUUCAGCGGUAAACAAGAUAAAACAGCUUCUUAAAGAUAAGCCUGAACACGUAGGUGUGAAAGUUGGUGUCCGGACCAGAGGUUGUAAUGGCCUUUCUUACACUCUAGAAUACACAAAGACAAAAGGAGAUUCUGAUGAAGAAGUUGUUCAAGAUGGAGUCAGAGUGUUCAUCGAAAAGAAGGCUCAGCUGACACUUCUAGGAACAGAAAUGGACUAUGUCGAGGACAAAUUAUCCAGUGAGUUUGUGUUCAAUAACCCGAACAUCAAAGGAACGUGUGGCUGCGGAGAAAGCUUUAACCUUUGACCCCCCCGGACUCCUCUGGCCCCGAGCCCCGGGAAAGCCCGCGGAGCCCCCAGCGUGCUGAAGGAAUCGUGUGCCCGUCAACGUGCUUGAGGGUCAUGCUGCAUGGCUGCCUCCUAAGGAAAAUAAAGUGAUGCGUUUGGAAAACGAAGCCAGUGUGUUAGAUUUCAGAAGUGGUAUUUGUAUUCUUUUUAGGGGACAGAAUGUAAGAAGCCAUCAUUCUUUUGGGGUCAUUUUUCUGAUCUGUACAGAAAAAAAAUCCUACCCUGCACUUACUUUUCGUGCAUCCUUUCUGUUAGAUCCAGUUUUACAGAAGGUGCCUGCCUGGGAGGAUUCUGGUAAACACAUUUUUAACAAGAGUGCACUCUGCAGCUCUCAACUGAACAGCUGGAAUGUGCGUCUCCAGCCAGGUUGAUGGCCGUCAGAUUCAGAGGCAGAAGGUCCUGACUGCUGGGUUGACAUGGUGCUGCAUCGUUUUUCUGCACAAGCUUGGCGCGGGCUGUACCCAACACUUCGUUGUGAAAUGCCUCUUUUGCUCACCUUGCAGCAGCAUCAGAUGCCAAUAGAUGGGAGUGUCAACGAUUUCCUUGAAUGGUUUUGAGUGAUGGCAUAAGAAACGCUCCGCUCACCAUUUUUCAUCCAUUUCCUUCGCUACCCUAGAUGUCUGCUCAAGGAGGGAUCUCAAGUUUAGAUGCUUUUAUUUGAAAGGUCCCUUACGAGACGUGUAGCCCAGCCCCCUCUAACCUACACCUAAGGAAGCAAAGCCCCAGGGAAGGAGAAGGGCUUGUGUCCACCGUGCACUGCCGGGCUGACGCACAGGCUGGGCUCUGAGGCGGGCAGUGAAGGUAAAUGACCCAGGCUGUCUGGCUUCUCUGACUGACAUUUUGAUGAGAUUUCUGUGUGAUUUGAUGAAAAUCUAGUUUUGUUUUGUUUUUUUUGAGUGAGAAAAAUCUUACUUUAAAGCCCCUUUAUGUGAAUUGCCGCGUUUCUUUUGAAGUGUGCCGCGGUGGUUUGUACUAGCAGGGGAGAUGCUAUAGCAACCCAGAAAUUCCCAAUAAGCAUACACUUUCUGAAUCCUAAGUCCAGUUGCUAAAAUUUUUAAAUCUAUUUUAACCUAACAUUUUAGCAUCAAUUUUUCUUUUUAACAUCAAGUGAUUAUCAAGUGUUCCUUUUGUAAUGUGAUCACUGAGUUUCCUGGGUUGGACAUAUUAAGUGUUUGACGAGAUGCCCUGUGCUUUUUUGAAAGCUGAGUCUUACGAAGUGGCCGAGUUCCUUGACAUGUGUCGUAUUUGCUGAGUACCUGCCACCACAUGCACCCAGACCCAGAGCAGUAGCUUUAUGCUUAUGAGUUUGUAUUACUGAGAUUUGUGCAAUACUGAAUGUAUGUAGUGAUCCAGUUGUCAAUAAAAAAAAAUGUGGCUUCUUUGUGAUCAUAAAA